AUGAAUAUAUUAUCAACCGUCAAACUUUCAGACAUGAAAGCCUCGAACUCCAGACUCACUUCCGACACAGCACCUCGGAUAGCUGUAUUUGUUGGUGCCACAUCUGGUAUCGGCAAAGCGACCCUUACUCGACUCGUCGCCCAGCAGACUGCCCUCAAAGUCUACGUCGUGGGACGCAAUGCCGAAAAGCAGAAAUCUUUCAUCAACCAGCUCCAACAGUCUAACGAAAAAGCUCAAAUCAUUUUCAUCGAAGGCGAGAUAUCGUUGAUGGCGGACACAAAGCGGAUAUACAAUGAGAUCAAAUCGAAAGAGCGUAGCAUAGAUGCGCUCUUCCUGUCAGCAGGCUACAUACCCUGGGGAGGACGUGAAAAAACAAGCGAAAGAAUAGACACGUUCAGCGCACUAGCCUACUACGGCCGAAUCCUCUUCAUCCUCAACCUCCUCCCCCUCCUCAAAGCCUCACCCCACAGCCCUCGAAUCGUCGCCUUAGGCGGCGCCGGCUUAAUAAACCCCAAUCUCUUCCUCGAAGACCUCGAUCUCGAUCAACUAGACCACUACACGAUGCGCAACACGAUAGAUCAUGUAGCUACAUGCAGCACAUUCACGCUCUCGCAUCUAGCUGAUGAGAAUCCUGAUGUCGUCUUCGUGUUUGCUAAUCCUGGGCUCGUGGUGACGGAUAUUUAUAAUCACGGUUGGGGCGGGAGGAUUUAUCUUCGGAUGUUUGUUGGUUUGAUUAAGCCUUUGAUGAGGAUGUUUGCUGUGCCGGCUGAAGAUGCUGGGGAGCGGUGCUUGUAUUUGUUGACCAGUGCGAGGUUUGGGAGGAAAGGGGCUGAGGAGGUGAGUCGCGCACUAACGAUGAAGAAGGCUGAAGAGGGAGGCUUGUUUUGUGUUACGUGGAAAGUUGAGAGUGUUUUCUGGGAGACGUUUUUGACUGAAGAGCAGAGACAAGAAUUAGAGGAGAAGGCUUGGGCCAAGGCGCAGGAGGUUCUUAAACCUUACUUGUGA